AUGAUUGGAUCGUUUUUUGCUAUACUUGCCUCGGGCUAUAUUUGGUCGAUCGUCAUGGUCAUGAUUAUUACUGUAAUGGUGUACCGUGAAGUCAUUCAGAUUGCGUACCAUUCUGCAAAAGGAAAUCUGCGCUGGUUUAAAACGAUGAGUUGGUAUUAUUUGAUCACGACCGAGUACUUUUUAUACGGUGAAUCUAUCAUUCAUUACUUUAAAGAAAUCGUCUUAGUGGAUGCGUUCUUGGUACCUUUUGCAACUCAUCAUCGAUUUAUUAGCUUUAUUUUAUAUGUCAUUGGCUUUGUAUUCUUUGUCAUGAACUUGAAAAAAGGUCAAUAUCGAGCUCAGAUGUCACAGUUUGGCUGGACACACAUGGCUAUCUUCUUGAUUGUUUUCCAAGCACACUUUAUCGUGGAUAACAUUCUUGAAGGACUGAUAUGGUUUGUUUUGCCUGCAGCUUUGGUCGUUUGUAAUGAUAUAUUUGCCUAUGUCUGUGGCUUUUUCUUGGGAAAAACGCCAUUGAUUCAAUUGAGUCCCAAAAAGACAGUAGAAGGAUUUGUAGGAGGCUGGAUAUUUACUCUUAUUUUUGGCUUCUUGAUAGCUACUGUGCUGAUGCAAUUCGAUUACAUGAUUUGUCCUGUGCAGGAUCUAGGCGCUUCUGCAUGGUCUAAUGUCUCUUGUGAGCCAAAAAAUCCCGUAUUUAUUGCUACGCCUUGGGAACUUCCCUCUUUGUUCCGUUACAUGCUAAAAUAUACGAUCAUGAAAGAUGUAACAGAAGUCUGGAUCGCCCCUGUUCAAUUGCAUGCUAUUGUGAUGGCUUGUUUUGCUUCGUUAAUUGCACCAUUCGGUGGAUUCUUUGCAAGUGCUGUUAAGCGUGCUUUCAAGAUAAAGGACUUUGGACAUAGUAUUCCUGGCCAUGGUGGAUUGACAGACCGUAUGGAUUGUCAGUUCUUGAUGGGUUUAUUUUCUUACAUGUAUUAUCAAAGUUUUAUCAAGAUGCACAAGGUCUCUGUUGGUACCAUUUUAGCUUUAGCAAUCAAUAGUUUGUCUACAAAAGAGCAACUGGAGCUUCUGGAAAGAUUACAAACAUAUUUAGCUAAUCAAGACCAUUUAUCAAAUCAAAUUGAAACUGUCAUUUCCAAGGCACAGCACCUUCUUGCUGGAAAUGCAUAA